UUAUUGCUUAUAUCGCCACGGGUCUUAUUGUCAGUCCAGCGCCUCGUGACGAGUCGUUCGGUUUAGUACACGUUACGACGCCAUAGUGUGUCGUUUGUGAGUAGUGCUGUAUAUUCCAAUGGCCGAUUUUCAAGAUAUGCUGCGUGACUUGGUGCAACAGAUUAACCUGCCCGACAACAUGGAGGUGGAGGAGGAGGUAAGAAGAGACAUCGACUCACAGGAAUCGUCAGCUUCGCCAACGCCACUUGAAAAUGCUCAAAAAAUGCUAAGCUACGCUCUGACCUACAACCGAAUGAACGAUGUCGAAGCAGAAUCGACAGCUUCGCCAACGCCAAAUGAAAAUGCUCAAAAAAUGCUAAGCUACGCUCUGACCUACAACCGAAUGAACGAUGUCGAAGCAGCGCUGAAACUAGGCGCCGAUCCAAACUGGGCCAACGCCAAAGGACUGAGACCUCUGCACAUCAUCUGCAACAGAAAAGUGGACGACGGUUCGAUCGAGGAAUUCUUCAAGCUCUGCGAUGAUAUGCGGAAGCCGGUGAACGUCGAUGCCCCGGACGAAUUACUUCAGCCACCGCUGCAAUACGCUCUGUUUCAUGGACUCAGAUAUGCGAGCAAAUAUCUGCUGAGCCGAAAUGCCGAUCCGAAUUGGCGGAACACGGACGGACUGACAGCUCUGCACUUCAUGUGUGAGAGAAAGGGCGACGACGCGGACGAUUUGAUGACGUAUCUCUUCGAGAUCUGCGACAAUCGCAAGAAGACGGUGAUGAUCAACGCCCGGGACAAGUUCGACCGGACACCGCUGUACUACGCCCUGCUGCGCAACCAAAAAAAGAUGGCCAAGCUGCUGCUGAAAAGAGGCGCCCAUCCGAAUCUGCCCGAUAAGGAUGGCUUCACUCCUGUGCACGUCGUUUGCACUAGGAACGACGACGAGCUUCUACGAUUGUUCCUCGAUAAUUCGACGCAACCGGUGCCGCUCGACCGUCGGGACAGACUCGGUCAGACGCCGCUGCACUACGCCGUGUCUCGCGGCUGCAAGAGCCUGAUCAAGCCGAUGCUGGAGGGAGGCGCCGAUCCGUGUCUGGCCAACGCGAAGGGAUCGACUCCGCUGCAUCUCGUUUGCCACCGAGAAGACGUCGACGACGCCGAUCUCGUGGAGCAUUUCUUCGAGGUCUGCUGCGACCUGCGAAAGUCGGUGAAUAUCAACGCUCGGGACGGCGCGGGUGGCACACCGCUGCACUGGGCUGUGUAUCACGGCCACGCGAGGCUGGCCAAGCUGUUGCUGGCGCAAGACGCCGACCCGAACCUGGCCAACGACGAGGACGAGACGCCUCUGUUCGUCGUUUGCAACCGGAAGACCGACGACGAGAACUUGGCCAAGAUUUUACUCGACAGCUACAGAUUCGAGCUGUUGCAGAUCAACUCGCGGGACAGGGCGGGUAACGCGCCGCUGCUUUUGGCUCUGGCUCGUGGCCACGCGCAGCUGGCCUCGCUGCUGCUGGAAAACUGGGCGGAUCCGAACGCGUGCGACCUCGCGGGAGACUCGGCUCUGCACGUCAUCGUCAAGCGAAAAGACGACGACCAUGCGCUGGUGGAGCGUUUCUUCGAGAUCUGCAAAGCCCUCGGGAAGACGGUGCUGAUCGACGUCCAGGACGCGACUAAUCGCACUGCUCUGCAUCACGCCAUGUCGCUCGGCCUCGAGAAAACGAUCAAAGUCCUGCUGAGAGCAGGCGCCAAUCCGAAUCUACCGGACGUCAACCGGAAGACGUAUCUGCACUACGCCGCGUCGCGAGCUACGGACGACGACGACGGCGCGUUGGCGGAUUUCUGGUCGAGCUGCCGCAACAACCGUCAGCCGGUGGACGUCGACGCCAGGGACCAUAUGGGCUGGACGCCGCUGCACCACGCCGUGCACCGCGGCCACAAGAAAGUGACGGAGUCGCUGCUGAGAGAAAACGCCGAUCCGAACGCGGCCAGCGUGCAAAAAGAGACUCCUCUGCACGUCAUUGUCGAGCGAAACAACGACGACGACGAAUUCAUGGAGCAUUUCUUCAAGAUCUGCCGAGACGUCGAGAAGCCGGUGGAGGUCGACUUCCGGGACGCGUGCGGUCGGACACCACUGCAACUUGCUCUGCGUCGUGGCCACCGGAAGUUGACCGCGACACUGCUGAAAAACGGCGCCGAUCCGAACGCGGCCGAUGGGACUGAGUGUACUCCUCUGCACGUCAUUUGCCAGAGGGACGACGACAGCGAGGAUUUUUUGAAACGGUUUUUCGCGCUCUGCAAAGGCGUCAAGAAGACGGUGGAGGUCCAAGUCCACGACAACAUAGGCUGCACACCGCUGCACCAUGCCGUGCACCGCGGCCACAAGAAGAUCACCGCGACGCUGCUGAAACGAGGCGCGGAUCCGAACUUGGUCAGCAAGAACACGUCGACGGCUCUGCACGUUAUUUGCCAGAGAGAAGAAGACAGCGAGGAUUUACUAAAGGUGUUCUUCAGGAUCUGUAAAGACGUCAAGGUCGACGUCAAGAACGAUUGGGGACAGACAGCGCUGCACCACGCUUUGUUCCGCGGCCACAAGAAGUUGAUCGCGACACUGCUGAAAAACGGCGCCGAUCCGAAUGUGGCCGACAAGGACGGGUAUACUCCUCUGCACGUCAUUUGCCAGAGAGACGAAGACAGCGAGGACUUGCUAAAGAUGUUCCUCAAGCCCGACAAAGACGUCAAGGUCGAUGUCAAGGACAUGAUGGGCUGGACGCCGCUGCACCAUGCUACGUCGCGCGGCCACAUGAAGAUGACCGCGAUACUGCUGAAACAUGAAAGCAUCGAUCCGAAUGUGGCCGACAAGGAAGGGUAUACUCCUCUGCACGUUAUGUGCAAGAGAAUUGUCGGCGACGGCAUUUUCAUGAACAUGUUCUUCGAGACCUGCAAAAAGGUCAAGAAGAUGGUGGAGGUCGACAGUGUCGACAAAUCGGGUUGCACGCCAUUGCACUGUGCACUGGCAAACGGCUACAAAGCUUUAGUCAAGCUACUGCUGAAACAACGCGCCGAUCCGAACGUGGCCAACGGCCAAGGAGAUAGACCUCUGCACGUCAUUUGCAACAGAAAAAUCGACGAUGAAGUGAUGAUGAUGUUCCUCGAGUCCUGCGACGAGCUGAAGAAGAAGGUGCUGGUCGACGCCCCCGACCUGACGGGUUAUGCAGCGCUUCAUCGCGCUUUGCGCUUUAAACUCAAAGGUCCGACCGAGGCACUGCUGAAAUACGGCGCGGAUCCGAAUCUAGUCGAUCCCGAAGGAUCGCAACCUCUUCUGAUCGCAUCGAGUACAUUGGACAACAACUUGUUGGAGAAGUUCUUGGAGGUCUGUUAUGAGUUGAAGCUGGAGGUGGAGGUGAACGUUUGGGACCCGUCCGAGUCGACGCCGCUACACUACAGUACGUAUCACGGCCUCAAAAAGGUCACCGAAUUACUGCUGAUUCUCGGUGCGGAUCCGAAUUGGUCUAACAAGGAAAAAUCCACUCCUCUUCACUUGAUUUGCAACAGAAAAGAGGACGACGAUUUGAUCGAUAUAUUCUUCGAGUACUGCGACCUACGAAACGCGACGGUGCUGGUCAACGUGCAGGACAAUUCCGGCAACACGCCGUUGCACUUUGCUCUGACUCGUGGCCACAGACGCAAGCUCCGCUUGCUGCUGGCGCGAGGCGUCGACGCGAACGCGGCCAACGACCAGGGAGAUACGCCUCUGCACAUCAUUUGCAAGAGAAAAAUCGACGACGAGGACCUGGUGACUCAAUUGCUGUUCUCGAACUCCGGAGCUGGUUCGCCCGUGCUGGUGAACGCCGUGAACCAUGAAGACGAGACACCGCUGCAGUUGGCCGCGAGAUACAACCUCUUUACGACGCUGGAAGUACUGAACAAUUAUCAGGACACUUUUGCGGAUGACUUGGCCCAUAUGUAUACCUAUAUAUAGGUAUGGGAUAAGGGCAGAAAAUCACAAUUAUAAAAUCUCAAGUUUAUAAGUAUAUUGAUAAUAAUGACAACAGUUUUAAUUAUGUACUGUAAGUGACGUUUUAAUAACUGAUCGAUGUCUCUUCGUUUUACAAUAAGUGUUUCAAUUUUAUUAUAUAAAAUAACAGUAUAUCUUUGAUAUAUUUUUAAUGUCUAAUGUGAAUUGGCUGAUAUUCAGCUUGAUUAAAGUAUAUUAAUAUAAAUCGAUUAAAA